UCUUAGUGAGAUGCAUAGCAUGGUACCUCUGUUUACACACUGCACUCCAGCUUCUAAACAAGUCAAGAAGAGUAUAAAGUCCAACAUUUAUUAAUUUCUAGUGAACUGUAAAUCAAUAUCACUAAGCAUUGAUGCAGUUGCUUUGGGUUCAUACUUGAAAAAAGCUCUUCUAUUGUUUUGUUUCAAUGUAGGUUUUGGGAGACCUCACUGAAUGAUAUCAAUUCUAUAACCACUAUCAAGGUGCGUCAGUCCACUGUUAUGUUUAUGAAUUGCUACAUCGCUCCUGUCACUGAAAUCUUCCAUAUGCACGAGAGCAAAAAGCCUCCAGCUGCUGCUACAAAACCAGUAUAUCUGGUAGUAAAUCCCUCAGAAAAACUGGUGUGGCACUGUUGUUAUUAUAACAAAGCAGUUCUAAUGACAGAUCGUGGUAGCUUCUUAACAAAUGAUGGCUUUGAGACCAGAGAAGAAAUUAAAGUCAUCUUCACUAGUGAUGCCACAAUCAAGGAUGCUGCGUUCUUAGGAGAGAACAUUCUUUUCUUCAUUGAUGGCUCAAUAUACCUUCUAACACAGGAGUGGCAAUUGCUUCAGCUUGAAAUUGAUCAGAAUCUUCCUAAAAAUACAGUCAAAGGAAUCACAUCAAGGAUCAGGUGCUGGAAGAAUUAUCCAAUUAUAGGUGACACAUUAAGCACAGUGGCAGUAUGGACAGAUACUGCUCUCUACCUUGCCAAAGAAAACAACAUGAAUAAUUUUACCAAAAAUGUGGAGUUGACUCUCUUGAGAAGUCCCUUCGACAUUCCAGAAGACUCCAUCAUAUUGACAGUGUCUUUUGCUUCUUAUCCUGCUGAGGUAGCAAUUUUGACUGGAACUGCAUUGAAUCAGCAAUUACGUCUCAUCAUUUACAAUGAAGUAACCAACACCUCAACACUAACUUCUGCUUUUUAUAGCACUAAAUUUGAAAUACUGAGUGGUGGACCCAUUAACUUGAUUUUCUUUGAGUCUACGUCAUUGUCUGCUUUGCUGUGGUCAGACAACAAUAUUUAUUACAGUUAUAACAACAACAGUGAUUAUGGAAAGAUGGAGGUGAUUGGAGAACCCCUGACUUCCAAUCCUGUUCAUCAGGUUGUCACAGAUUCUUCAAUGAACAUUCUGGUAAAGUCAACUACAAACAGAUUUUAUCACUGCAAGUAUGGCAUGACAGAGCUAAACCAAACAACUGGCAUAGUCAGCUUUGAAAUAGUACCCAGCAUUUCUGGAAUAACUUGUUCUUUACCAGAAAACAGGGUUAAGUAUUUCAAUAUUGGUUGUCCAAAAGGAAGACAUCUUCGUGUUCAGAGGCGAUGGGAGCUGAAAUGUGAAAGAACAAAUUUGACAAAUUAUUUUAUUCCAGGAUAUGAUGGUGAUACUUUCGUAAAACAUGUCGAUGCUAAUUUUGUAGUAUGGGAAAAGAAUGGGCGUAGAGACUUCUUCUACAAUGCCACAAUGAAGGAGGUUCAGUGCCUUCAAGAAGCACAAACUUGGGAUUCCAUGAUUUCUUUAACUGAGGCCUUUUCACCUGAUCAAACUGACAAAGUCUGGGGACCACAUAAUUACAGAAGCUGCUUUGAGCUGACACCUGGCUCCUUUGGAAACUUAACUAAACCUUAUGAAAUUCUGAAUAGCAGUGGCUACAACUAUUUGACUUGGCCAAAAGAUCACAAUGCCAUUUAUGUUUUUAUCAUCAAGAUUCUAGAUCCAAACUACAGGUAG